AUGGAUCCAAAGAUCGUCAAACAAACUCAAGACACUUUGGGUAAAAUCAUCAAGAAACCGCCUCUGACAGACAAGUUGUUGGCUAAACCUCCUUUCAGAUUUUUGCAUGACAUUACCACAUCGGUUGUAAAGAGUACAGGGUUUAUGAAAGGUUUACAUGAAGACAGUGAACUGAAUUCAGAGAAUGUUAAGGAUAAAGAUAGUAAAAUUGCCUUCUUACAGAAAGUGAUUGAUAUGGUCUGUCUAGUGACUGGUAAAUCUCUGACUGUAAGACCUGGUAAAAUAGUAGCUGGACAUGAACCAGAGAAAACUAAUGAAUUAUUACAAGCACUGGCCCAGGCUAUUAGCAAAAAGGUUGAUAAUGAUGAGAUGGUAAGAAAAGUUUUAAAUAAAGAUAUCAACCAAGAAGAAAAGAAAGAUCGAGAGAAAGAAAAAUCUGAGAAAAAGAAACGAAGUGAAAAGGAUGAAGACAAGGGUGAAGAAAAGAAACAUCGUGAGAAAAGUAGAGAUAGGGAAAAAGACGGAGAGAAACAAGAUCGUGAAAAACGCGAUAAGAGUAAACAUCGUAAAGAUAGAGAGGAGAGAGAGGACAGACAUAAAGAUAAAGACGAGAGGAAAAAAGAUCGCGAAGACAGACACAAAGAUAAAGACAAAGAGGAAAGACAUCGAGAUCGCGAAGAACGUAACAAAGAUAAAGAGAAGGAUGAAAAACAUCGCGACAGAAAAGAUAGGAAAAAGCGUUCUGAAUAUUUCGCUGAUGAUUCACUCAACGAUGAUGAAUUCCAAAUUCCUCCUGAAAACACACCAGAAGAUUCUCAAAGCUCUUUGGAACCUUUUGAAGACAUUCCAAUAAUCAGAAAACGUAGUGAUAGACCGAAAGCUGCCAGAUAUCGAACUGAAAGACAAGCCUUAAAUGUUGGUUAUGAGUCACCUGAUGAGAUAGGGGAAGUAACUCCAAUUAAGGGAUCUCUGUCGGAAGAGAAGAGAAAGAAGGGAACUAAAAGUAGAAUUGGUAACAGAAUUGGUUCAGAUAUAAAUACAUCUGUUGGUGAGAAUAAGGAAAAUAAUGUUGAUUAUUCUGAAGAUGAACAUAAACGUAAAAAAGGCUCAAAAAAUCGUCAUGGUGGGCGAAUACCUAAGGGAGGUAACUUCGAUGAAAGUUUAGGAGCCAAUACAAUUGAAAGAAUUAGAUCAGAGCCAGUAGAUGAUGAUGAUGAUGAUUUUCAAUUAGUUCCAAGAAGGAGAAGACAUAGGAGAAAGAAAGAAGAAGAAAGUAAAGAGAAAGAAUCAGCCGAGGGUAAUGAAGAUAAAGAUGAAAGAAUUCCCAGACCAUCUUCAGCUAAAGGUUCACGGAGACGCCGAGAUGUGAUGAUUUCUUUAAUUUGCAGUAGGAGACAAGCUAGACCAUCAAGCGCCAGACCUGCUCCACCCCGACCUAAAGAGGGUGCUGAGAGUGAACCCAGUAUGAGACUAGGGACAGGGAAACCAGCCAAUCUGAUUGUAGAUGAUGAUAAAGAAUCAGAUGAUGAUAAUUUCCUGGUGGAAGAUUCUGGAUUACCUCCCCCUGAACCAGAACAGCCUCCACCAAAACAAGAUGAUAUUGAUGAUGAGGAUCAUGGUGGGUUGGUAAAGAAAAUGUUAGAAAGUAAGAAAGAAAUAGAAGAAAAAGAAAAUCAGAGUCCACAAAGAAAAGUUAAUAUUGAGAGGUCAGCUAUGAAUGAUGCAACCAGAAGAAAACAAAGAGAACAAGUGAAGAAAGAAAUAGAUAAAUUACGUUCCAGCAUACAGAGUCUAACCCGCAGCGCCAACCCCCUCGGUAAAAUUAUGGACUAUGUACAAGAAGAUUUAGAUUCUAUGCAGAAAGAAUUAGAAAAAUGGAAAGGUGAAAAUAAAGAACAUGCUUUAGAAUUAAAAAGAGAAAAAAGUGUCACAGAUCGUGCUAUUGAACCAUUACAAGCUCAAUUAGAUGAAUUAGACCAGGCCAUACGAGAUCAACUAGAUGCAAGUGCUACUGUUAAAUCAAAUAUUAUUAAAAAUGAUCAGAAAAUAGAAAAAAUGUUAAAAAGUAUCGCUAGAUCAUGA